UGAUUGCUAUUAAUAUUUCGUGUAUUCUUGCAUUGGAUAUUUUUCUUAUUUAAUUCCUACACAAUAGCAGACUUGUAAACUACAAUGACAAAGCGCGCCAUUAGUCCUACGCCAACGACACGUCGUAUCAAGCCCGAUCCUAUCAACAUGUCCAAAUUGACAAUCACAAAUCUAAAUGACAGCGAAGUUAUUCACCAAGCAUGUACUAUUGUCAGUGGCAAAUGCCCAAACUUCGACUAUGCUGAAGAGACAAACUUCAUUACUAUCUCCUCUUCGGACGAUGUGACCCAAACAUCACAUACCCAGAACUGGCCUGUCGCUCAAGGGAAAUGGAAAGCCCUAGUUAUGCUUUCGCCAGGAGAAAAUAAACUCAUUUUCAAUCUUCAUCAUGUCGGCGCAGUUACGGAUACUAUCGAACUCAAAGUCACGUACCAACCACUUCUGCAGCUUCCACCUCUUCAUCUCGCCAUUCUAGUCGCAAAAGACUCGCCGCUGUUGAUGGAUUGCCCAUCAUCCAAGUACGGCGGCAUAUCAACUGCACACAGCAGCAUUGAAGCUGCAAUUUCCAAGCUUCGCCUGUCAGCAUACAUGUGGCAGGCACUAACGGCAGAAGACAUGCGCCAGAAAGGGCUUGGAAGACGCUCGUUCAGGCUCGAUGAGGAAUGGGCUCCAAACACUAACUUGCAAAUGACCCAUCAAUAUGCGCAUGCACCGUCAUCUACUCAUAUGGGCUCUGUUGCCAAAGUGCAUAUCGUCAAAUCAGAAAGGACGGUAGCACAGCUUCGAGAUUCCAACGUUGCGCAACAAAAUCAUCACGGAAGUAGGAGAGAUGCGUUGCACGAAUACUUCGAGGCGGCGCUCAAGGCUCAUGGUCCACCAUUCGAUUCGAGCUGCCGUCCAGUGGUCGCGGGUAUGAUGUUAGAUUCGCAUUAUGAUACCGACCAAUCCCUCAUUCUCGGCCACGCGGCACUAGGCUGCCAUAAACCAGAUGGAAUUUCUUUGGGAAUAUUUGGCAGUCAUCUGGCCUACUCCUGGCCACGUUUCAUGGAAGAAAUUCCCGCUUGUCUGACGGACGUUAGGCCAACUGGGGAUACGGUAGGCAAUGACAACGGCGAAUGCGAUACUAUGCGCAAUGCCUGUUUUGUCGGACAAGGUGCCUUUUUGCACGAAGUCGGCCAUGCAUUUGGCGCGGACCAUACGACGGGGAUUAUGGCCCGAGGAUACAGCAAGGACUGGGGUCGCAACUUUCUUGCAAACAGGUCGGAUGGCCGCGAUAAAAACGAGGCGAAAUGGGACCUGCAGGAUGUGCUCAGAUUCAAAUUACUGCCACACUUCAGACUUCCAGGCGACGAUCCCUCCACCAAAGAGUUCAAAAACGCGGAAGUGAGGAUUGAGGUGGCUAUAGACAGUGAUUAUGAGGACGAUGAAAAUGAAAAUGAUGGAUUGGUAGUGUCCAGCUCAGGAGGACUCGCACGAGUCUCAAUCCAGAACGGUGAUGAUGAAGAGAAUCUUUACAACAUCCUAGAUCACAAAUCAACACAUUUCAUUCUCCGGUCAAUUCGGACCAAAUUCGACAAUGAGAAGCCUCUGAAAAUCCACGCUCUGGCAAUGAACGGCAAAGUCCGAGUUGUGGAUGCAUGGAAGUUAUUGGGCCAGGGAAGAUCAUAUAUACGCAUACCAAACAGCGACAUCAAACUGCGCAAACAGUCUGCUAUUUCAACCGACUUCAACGAGAGCGAUGAUGGGGAAUUUCAGUCCUGGGCUUUCCUGCUUCGCGAACGUGGUGCAGAUGGCCAACUUCAUCGCGCUACCUCGAUCGAUCUGCGAGUAGGUUGCAUAAUGGAUGGCGCUGUGGUUUACUACGCCGAUGGCCACCAUGCUAACUGCGGCCCCAUGCGAAACCGUCGAACCGGUCAAGCACAUAGUUUCGGUGGACAUGCUUCUGAAAGUCAUGAUAUUCCGGCAAAUGAAACGAUUACCAAGGUCGAGGUCGCGACUAGAAGUGAUCCUGGCUGGGGUACCUUGGCUGGGAUACGAAUGACGUUGAGCAAUGGAGAUAGCUGGGGCCAUCUCAACGCCGACGAGGGAUCGGAAAGUGUCGUCACACUUCAGCCGCGUGAAGAUGAAGUCAUUAUUGGUUUAUACGGAAAUAGUUGUGGGCAUUCAGGUUUUACGUUCGAAUUUGGCAUUUUGACGGCCCCUGAAAGUGUUGAUUUGCCAGAACAAGUUUAUAAUAUGUCGGAAUUGAAAAAUUCGGACUGACUAUUGCGGAGAUUCAAAAUGUUAAGGUCUUUAUUAACAUUUACUGGAACAUUUGGUCUUGGAAUGUUAGGCGCGCUGAUACUCAUAUACUGGAAGCUUUUGUGAAUUAAUAAACAA